CUGGGUGAGUUAAAAAUGAUAUAAAACAGACAGCUUGAUGAAGAAUCAAUCAGUCUUGGUGACAUCUCCAUAAAGGCAAAAACAAAAUAUUUGUAAUUUUUAGCAGACAAUAUGAAGUUUAUUGUGGCUUUUGUGUUGUGUGUGGUGGUUGUCAAUGCUGAACUCAGCAAAGAAUUUCAAGAAGCAGUCUUAAAAAAAGUAAUGGAAGUUGGUGAAAAAUGCGCAAAACAAGAAAACGCAAGCCAACAAGAUAUUGAUGAAUUAAUGACAAGGAAGAAUCCAUCCAGGAAAGAAGGCAAAUGUUUGAUUGCAUGCUUCAAUGAAGAAUUUGGCGUUCAAGGAAAAGAUGGAAAAAUGUCUAAAGAUGGUGUUAUGGCCGCUUUAGCACCUUACAAAGCGGAAGAUGAAGGUCUUUAUAACAAACUAGUAAAACUUCUGACUGAGGAUUGCAUGCCACAAGUUAAAUCCAGCGAUCGUUGUGAGGCCGCCGCUGAACUUGAUGCGUGUUAUCACCAAAACGCUGACGAUGAAAUCAAAAAAGCAGACGCUAUCUUUUAAUCGCUGACUACACAUUUGUGUUUCAUUAUGUUGUGCAAAAAAUAGUUCAAAUGUUUGUAAACAAAUAAAAAAUGUAUGUGUAAUAGAAUAAAAUGCAUCAGAAACUAA